UUUUCUACGUUUCCGGAGACCACACCCUGUAGAGGAAUUUGAUCUUCAACAGAGCCUGUGUGCUGGUCGAUUCGUAGCUAGCUGUGUGUACAACUAGUGAGUGAUCAUUCUGGAGGAUGGGUGUAAAAGAGAAGUCUCGUCACGCUAGUCGCUUCUCUUUGCUUGCUAACCUGCAUUUCAGCUGAGGAUUCAGCCAGUAUCUCGGAGGCGGAGGGCAACUUGUGUGUGACAGUCAAUGUCACAACAGAGGAGGCCAGCUACACCUGCACCAGUGAGCAGGACCUCAUUCUGUGGAGAGUUGGUUCACGACAGAUAGCUGGGACCACUGGGACUGUGGUUGAGGUGAAUGGAGUACAGGUCAACACCACAACCAUACCGGGAGAAGGCUACAGCUCUACCAUUGUCUUCACUCCCACCUUCCUGGAGGACAUGGCUGAUGGCUCAGAGAUAGAGGUGGCCUGUCUGGUACAGAUAGGACUGUUCCAGAUCAUUGAGGCUGACACCAGGACCCUCGUGGUGUUCAGACCUGCUGGGAUUCCUGGAAUGUCUGCCAGUCUCUCUCUCUGGCACUGGCUCAAUGACUGGAAUUUCUCCUCCCCACCUCCACCAGAGAACCUGAGAGUGGUACCCACAGCCACACCACUGGAGUACGAUGUGGUGUGGAGUAAACCAGCCAGUGUCAACCCUUGUCCUGAUGUGGUCUACCUGGUCACUGUCACCAACAACGUCACUGGAGAAGUGGAAGUCAACGCAGAAGGAGCUAUCACAGAGUCAAUCCCCUUCAAUGACACAGACUCAGUCAUGUGUCAGCUCCACCAGUUUGAGGUGAAGACAUCGGUCGGAGAGGCCUUCAGCUCCCCUACCAUUGAGAGAGUGGCCCUACCUCUUAGUCCUAAUGUUGAGGGAAUAAAUGCAAGUGCCACACCCAUUCUUGGAGAAGAUGAAAUUCUGAUAGAGUUGGCUUUGAGGCCUGCCACCACAUGUGAUGAGGUAGCCUACCCGAUACUAAACUACAUGAUCACCAUUCCUGAGCUCCCUUUCUCCAUGACCCUCCCCCACACUGGGGAGGGUGUGGCCCUCAACCUCUCGUCACCUGAUUUCACCAUUGCCAACUACUCCAUCAUCAUCAGUGCCUGUGCCAGUUUUGGAUGUCGCUCAGCUGACCCUCUGACACUCUUGACCAAUGAAGUCCAGAGUGCCAGUAUGCUGUUCCUGAACACUACAGUUUCCUUGACAUGUGAGUUCACAGCCACUGGGUCAGCCAGUGCCUGCAGGUUCACUCUGACCCUGGCCUCUGGAGACAGCGAGAGUCUCGACAUUCCUCGACCUGAGGGAGGGGGACUGGUCCAGAUGUGUUCCACCACUCCAGCAUACCGGGAGGUGCCUUCAUACAUCAGUGGUGGUUCAGACCAUCAACAGUGGCGGAGUAGCUGAAGGUCUGAGACUAGAACCAGUGGUCACUGAGAUUCAGGAUCUACAGGAGAUUGCUCCCUUGAACCACCUCUUCUGAGUAUGACUGACCGUUGUGGAGAAAGCAACUACUCUCCAAUGCUGAGAUAGCAGCCAUCAUCAUAGUAGUUUUUUUUUUUUCUAGUGCUGUUCAUUCUUCCUGGUCCUGACUAUCG